AUGCCUGCCAGCAAGGCAGCCAUCCGCUCCAGCGCCUUGCUCACAGCCACCCACGACUAUUACCGGUGCUGCCUGGGUUCCACUGUUAGGAACAGCCCCUGUGGAAGUGCUCAGUAUCCUGGGGAAGCCAUCCCUCACCACCCGGCUUCUUUUCCGGGAAGUCCACUCUUCUGUUCAUGGCUACAGUGUUGGAGUCUCCAGACUGCUCAGGAUCUUCCUGGGCCUCCAGGGCACGAUCACCUGUGA